UCACCACCACUCACCACCACUCACCACCAGCGAUGUCGGAGCACGUGAUGAGAGACAGGGCAGCGAGGCUGCUGAGGAGGCGCGGGAGUUUGUCCUCGUCUACACAGAGCGCGGAGACACGGAGACACGGAGACACGCGGAGAGAGACACGCAACGUGGAUUCUAUGAGCACCGUCUCGUACAUGGACGAGCCGGGUUGCCAUGACGAUUCGAGCCGCAGCCACAUUCAGCUGGAGAACACCUACCACCUGGCUCCGCCCCGCGUGUUCCCCGUACUGUCGGCACGUCUCAUCGCCCUGGACGUGCUCAGCAGCUACCUGGUGAGCGAGCGAUACGAACCCGAACUCUGCCGACAGAUCUCCAAGACCGUGUCCGAGGUGAUCAAGGCCAGGGUGAAGGAUCUGGAGGUCUCUCGUUUCAAAUUGGCCGUCCUGGUCCACAUUGGCGGUGGUGGUGGUGCUGUUGGUGGUGCUGUUGGUGGUAGUAGUGGUGGUGCUGUUGGUGGUGCUGUUGGUGGUAGUAGUGGCGGUGCUGUUGGCGGUAGUGGCAGUG